AUGCCCGCACACCUGUCUGAGUGGCUCCCGCGGUACAGCAGCCACUGCACCGGGCGGCGUUCCCCCAGAAGCCUGGUUCAUGCCCUCUGGCCCUGGUCGCCCUCCUCGGGUGGCAGAAGUUCCAGCAGAGGCCGAGUCCGCCUGUUGGGCCUGGUCCGGGACCUGGGGCCCCCUGUGCCCCUGACUCCCCAUCAUGCAUCCGUGACCCCCAGGAUCAAGAUCCUUCCAGAAAAUGCCAGAAGCAGAAAACCAUUGGGACACUGGCUCCUGAAGCCAGACGUCGUCUCCCAGCUGGAGCAGGCAGUGGAGCCGUGGGCAGUGGACAAGGGCGUUCCCCGAGGUGUGUGCCCAGACUUGGAAACUAGACCCAAAACCAAACUGUCAGCUCCAAAACAAGACAUCACUGAAGAAAUACCCAAUAGGGUCCUGGUAGAAAGGCUCUUCUGGGAUAGUCUGUGGUGCCCUGAGCAGGGAGAUGCCGAGGGCCACUGGGAACAGAGUCAUGAGAGCCUAGAUGGCUGUGUGGUGCAGGCGGCCUUCACACCUGAGGAGAUGCCCUUUCAGGAGCAGCAGGAGGGGAAUGCGCUUGGGGAAAACAGCGGUCUGAGCCCCAGCCUCCUAACUCAGCCAAUGACUCCUGAAAGACAAGGCCCCCACAUGUGGGGGACACAUGGAAAGAGGGAGAAUCUGGACUCAAAGUUAAAUGCCCAACAGAAAACCUAUGCAAGAGAGAAACCCUACGAGUGUCAGGAAUGUGGAAAGGCCUUUAGUCACAGCUCAGCACUCAUCGAACACCACCGAACACACACGGGAGAGAGACCUUAUCAAUGUCACGAAUGCAGAAAAGGUUUCCGAAACAGCUCGGCACUUACAAAACACCAGAGAAUCCAUACUGGUGAGAAACCUUAUAAGUGCACUCAGUGUGGGAGGACCUUCAACCAGAUCGCCCCACUGAUCCAGCACCAGAGAACUCACACUGGCGAGAAGCCCUACGAGUGCAGUGAAUGUGGGAAAUCCUUCAGUUUUAGGUCCUCCUUCAGCCAGCACGAGCGGACACACACAGGCGAGAAGCCCUACGAGUGCAACGAGUGCGGGAAAGCCUUCCGGCAGAGCAUCCACCUCACCCAGCACCUGCGCAUCCACACUGGGGAGAAACCCUAUCAGUGUGGAGAGUGCGGCAAGGCCUUCAGCCACAGCUCCUCCUUGGCCAAACACCAGCGGAUCCACACCGGGGAGAAGCCCUAUGAGUGCCACGAGUGUGGCAAAGCCUUCACCCAGAUCACACCGCUGAUUCAGCAUCAGAGGACGCACACGGGAGAGAAGCCCUAUGAGUGUAAUGAGUGCGGGAAGGCCUUCAGCCAGAGCACACUCUUGACGGAGCAUCGGAGGAUUCACACAGGAGAGAAGCCCUAUGGGUGCAAUGAGUGUGGGAAAACUUUCAGUCACAGCUCGUCACUCAGCCAGCAUGAGCGGACGCACACAGGAGAGAAACCCUACGAGUGCAGCCAGUGCGGGAAGGCCUUCCGGCAGAGCACACACCUCACUCAGCAUCAGAGAAUCCACACGGGGGAGAAGCCCUAUGAGUGUGGUGACUGCGGCAAGGCCUUCAGUCAUAGCUCCUCGCUAACUAAGCAUCAGCGAAUCCACACCGGGGAGAAGCCCUAUGAAUGUAAUGCCUGUGGCAGAGCCUUCAGCCAGCUUGCCCCCCUCAUUCAGCACCAGAGGAUCCACACAGGAGAAAAACCCUACGAAUGUACCAAGUGUGGCAGAGCCUUCAGCCAGAGCUCCCUUCUCAUAGAGCACCAGAGGAUUCACACCAAGGAAAAGCCCUAUGGGUGCAACGAAUGUGGGAAAUCCUUCAGUCACAGCUCAUCGCUCAGCCAGCACGAAAGGACACACACGGGGGAAAAGCCCUACGAGUGUCAGGACUGUGGAAAAUCCUUCAGGCAGAGCACCCACCUGACUCAGCACCGGAGGAUCCACACAGGAGAGAAGCCGUAUGAGUGCAGGGACUGUGGGAAAGCCUUCACACACAGCUCCUCCCUCACCAAGCACCAGAGAACUCAUACUGGGUUAGACCCGCUCGACAUGUGCGACGACACGGGAAAGUCUUAAGCCAUCGCUCAUCCCUUACUAGACUUGACCCAAUGAUACUCAUGAGAAAAAUAUUAUACACAAGCUUUCAUACUCAACACACUCCUCAGACACCCUCAGAGUUCAUACUGAGGGAAAUGAUGGUAGGGAUACUGAGCUCUAUGUAGUCUAUCCCUGGAUAUCAGGUCAUCCAAAUAGCAGGGACAUGUGCAAUCA